AUGUCAGAAGGAAUAAUAACAAAAGUCUUAUCAAGACGAGAAUUAUUCACCCAAGAUGCACAAUAUAAUCAAAGCUUUGUGCUUCUAUUCACAAUAGCUUCAUCUGUGAUCUGGAUCAUGAUACCCGGUUUGGCAUUUCUUUAUUCUGGGUUAGCAAGAAGAAAGUCAGCAUUAGCAAUGAUUUGGAUAGUUAUAAUGUCAUCAUUCAUUGGAGUAUUCCAAUGGUAUUUUUGGGGUUAUUCAUUAGCCUUUUCAAGUACUUCAAAUGGAUUUAUUGGAGAUUUACAUUAUUUUGGAUUUAGAAAUUUAUUAGGAGCUACAACUACCGAAUCUGAUUAUCCUGAAAUUGCCUUUGGAUUAUUUCAAUUACAAUUCUUAUUAGUCACAUUAGCUAUUUUAGCUGGUGGAUGUAUUGCUGAAAGAGGAAGAUUCUUACCUGCCAUGGUUUUCUUAUUCUGUUGGGCCACCGUUGUCUAUUGUCCAGUUGUUAAUUGGAUUUGGGGUGGUGGAUGGGCCGCUAAUUAUAAAUCAGGUGUAUUGGAUUAUGCUGGUGGUGGACCAGUUGAAAUUCUUUCCGGUGUUUCUGCAUUUGUAUAUUCCGCAUUUUUGGGUAGAAGAAAUGAAACUUUAAUGAUUAAUUAUCGUCCUCAUAAUAUUUCCACAAUCUUUUUAGGUACUUCCUUAUUGUAUGUCGGUUGGUUAUUCUUUAAUGGAUUCUCAUGUGGUAAUCCAAGUUUAAAAGUUGCUUAUAGUAUGAUGAAUACUCAUAUCUGUGGCGCAUUUGGUGCUAUUUCUUGGUGUCUUUUGGAUUUCAGAUUAGAAAAUAAAUGGUCCAUGGUUGCUGUCUGUUCUGGUUGUAUUUCCGGUUUAGUUGCUGCCACUCCAUCUUCAGGUUGUAUUCCACUUUGGGCUUCUGUUAUCUUAGGUAUAACCGCAGGUGUUGUUUGUAACUUGUCCACUAAGAUUAAAUACUUAUGUCGUGUUGAUGAUUCCCUUGAUGUGUUAGCUGAGCACGGAAUCGCUGGUGUUGUUGGAUUAUUGUUUAAUGCCCUUUUUGGUUCUGCAACCGUUCUUGGUUAUGAUAACGUUACUGAUCAUGAAGGUGGUUGGCUCGAUCAAAAUUGGAAACAAUUAUAUAUUCAAAUUGUUUAUAUCCUUGCUACCGCUGCCUAUUCUGCUGUUGUCACUGCCAUCUUAUGUUUUGUCAUCAACAAAAUUCCAGGAUUACACCUUAGAAUUGAUUAUAAUGCUGAAGAAGUUGGUAUUGAUGAAGAUCAAAUUGGUGAAUUCGCCUAUGAUUAUGUUGAAGUCAGAAGAGACUUCUUAGAUUGGGGUAAUCCAACCGUUAAUCCAACUUUACAAAACCUGAUUAUUGAUCAACACGCAAGUAUGGUAGUUGACGGAACUCAUUUAACUAUGGUAUCAUCCAGAAGACCUGAAGUAUACGAAGCAACUUCAUUAGCAUCACAUCAUGAAAAUAUCACCGACGAAAAGGUUGAUCUUGAGCAUGACCCACAACCAUAUACUCCAAGAGAAAAGCAAGAUCAUCAUAACCAACAUAAUCAACAACAUACUGAGGUAGAUACCUCAUCCAGCAGUCAAUCUUAA